GGCGUGCGGGCUGCUGGGUGGGAACCUUGUCGGUCCUGGGCCCCCGGAGGGAGGUGAGGCCCAGCAGCCCCUGCUGCACCAUCUGAGCACCUCGCCUGGGUGCUGUCUCGUGCCCCCCGGAGAGACAGGUUAUCCCGCCUCUCCCCCCCAACCAUGGAUCACUCCUCGUUCAGCGGUGCACCCCGCUUCCUAACCCGGCCCAAGGCCUUCGUGGUAUCGGUGGGCAAAGAUGCCACGCUGAGCUGCCAGAUCGUGGGCAACCCCACGCCGCAAGUGAGCUGGGAGAAAGACCGGCAGCUGGUGAAAGCGGGUGGUCGAUUCCGCCUGGCCCAGGACGGCGACCUGUACCGCCUGACCAUCCUGGACCUGGCGCUGGGCGACAGUGGGCAGUACGUGUGCCGCGCGCGCAACGCCAUCGGCGAGGCCUUCGCGGCGGUCGGCCUGCAGGUGGACGCCGACGCCGCGUGCGCCGAGCAGGCGCCUCACUUCCUGCUGCGGCCCACCUCCAUCCGCGUGCGCGAGGGCGCCGAGGCCACCUUCCGCUGCCGCGUGCGCGGCUCGCCGCCCAUGUCGGUGAGCUGGGCCAAGGACGGGCGGCGCCUGGGUGUGCUGGACGCCCCCCGAGUGCGAGUGGAGGAGAGCGGCGAGGCGAGCGCUCUGCGCAUCCAGGCUGCACAGCCGAGAGACAGCGGCACCUAUACGGUGCACGCGGAGAACCCGCUGGGGGCCGCCAGCGCCGCCGCCGGGCUCACGGUGGACGCGGAGGCAGAGGCAGCCAGCCCGCCGGGGGCCUCCACCGCCAUGCUGCUGGCGCACCUGCAGCGGCGGCGCGAGGCCAUGCGCGCCGGGGGCGCCCCGGCCUCGCCGCCGAGCGCCGGCACGCGCACCUGCACGGUGACGGAGGGCAAACACGCGCGCCUCAGCUGCUUCGUGACGGGCGAGCCCAAGCCUGAGAUCGUGUGGAAGAAGGACGGACAGCUGGUGGUGGAGGGCCGGCGGCACGUGGUGUACGAGGACGAGCAGGAGAACUUCGUGCUGAAGAUCCUCUUCUGCAAGCAGUCAGACUGUGGCCUCUACACCUGCACGGCGUCCAACCUUGUGGGCCAGACCUACAGCUCGGUGCUGGUCGUCGUGAGAGAGCCCACAGUGCCCUUCAAAAAGCGCCUGCAGGACCUGGAGGUGCCAGAGAAGGCAUCAGCCACGUUCCAGUGUGAGGUGCCGGUGCCAGCCAUGGAGUCUGCCUGGUAUAAGGAGGAAACGCGGCUGUGGGCCAGUGCCAAGUACCUCAUCGAGGAGGCGGGCACUGAGCGCCGGCUGACCGUGCUCAAUGUCUCCUCUGACGAUGACGCCGUGUACAUCUGUGAGACGGCAGAGGGCAGUCGCACGGUGGCUGAGCUGGCAGUGCAAGGCAACCUCCUUCGGAAGCUCCCAAGGAAGACAGCCGUGCGGGUGGGAGACACGGCCAUGUUCUGUGUGGAGCUGGCCAAGCCAGAGGGCCCCGUUCAGUGGCUGUGGAACCAGAAGGCGGUGGUGGCUGGGGGCCGGGUGGCCGUCACUGCUGAGGGCACGUGCCACACGCUGACCAUCUCCCGGUGCAGCCUGGAGGAUGUGGGUGAGGUGGCCUUUGUGGCUGGGGACUGCCGGACGUCUACGCAGUUUUGCGUGUCAGCCCCCAGGAGGCCGCCCCUGCAUGCUCCUGAAGCCCCCGUGGUGAAGGCCCGGACAGAGAGCUCCGUGACUCUUGGCUGGUCCCCGCCACCCCCUGGGGACCGCCCUGCUGCCAUCGAGGGCUACCUGGUGGAGAGGAAGAGGCUGGGCGCCUACGCCUGGAGCCGGUGCCAUGAAGAUGAGUGGGUGACCACGCCUGAGCUGACUGUGGCUGGCGUGGCCGAGGAGGGGGAGUUCCAGUUCAGGGUGUCAGCUGUGAACAGCUUUGGCCAGAGCCCCUACCUCGAGUUCCCAGGAACUGUACACCUGGCUCCCCAGCUGGCUGUGAAAACACCUCUGAAGGCAGUGGAGGCAGUGGAAGGCGGCGAGGUGACCUUCUCUGUGGACCUCACUACGGCCUCCUCAGGGGAGUGGUUCCUGGACGGGCGGGUCCUGAAGGCCAGCAGCGUGUAUGUCAUACAGCGGGAUGGCACCCGCCACACCCUCACCAUCCGCUCGGUGCCUGUCAGCCUGCACGGGGCGGAGCUCAAGUUCGUGGCCAACGGCAUCGAGAGCAGCAUCCGCAUGGAGGUCCGAGCGGCCCUGGAGCUGACGGCCAAGCGUCCGGCACCAGCAGCGGCCGCUCGGGAGGUGCUGGCCCGGCUGCAUGAGGAGGCCCAGCUCCUGGCCGAGCUGUCGGACCAGGCGGCAGCCGUGACGUGGCUCAAGGACGGACACACGCUGUCUCCCGGCCCCAAGUAUGAGGUGCAGGCUUCAGCUGGGCAGCGGGCGCUGCUCGUGCGGGACGUGAAGCGAGAAGACGCGGGCCUGUACGAGUGCGUCAGCCGCGGGGACCGCAUUGCCUACCAGCUGUUGGUGCAAGACUCCCCUGCAGUGUUUACCAAGGGGCAGCCAAUGCAUAAGGAGGUAAAGGCCGUGGCGGGGGCGAGUGCCACGCUGAGCUGCGAGGUGGCCCAGGCCCAGACGGAGGUGACGUGGUAUAAGGACGGCAAGAAGCUGAGUUCGAGCUUGAAAGUGCACUUGGAGGCCAAGGGCUGCACCCGGCAGCUGGUGGUGCAGCAGGCGGGCAAGGCGGACACCGGGGAGUACAGCUGUGAAGCCGGGGGCCAGAAGAUCUCCUUCCGCCUGGACGUCACAGAGCCCUCAGUGGUGUUCGCCAAGGAGCAGCCGGCACGCAGUGAAGUGCAGGCCGUGGCGGGAACCAGUGCCAUGCUGAGCUGCGAGGUGGCCCAGGCCCAGACGGAGGUGACGUGGUACAAGGACGGGAAGAAGCUGAGUUCAAGCUCGAAAGUGUGUGUGGAGGCCACGGGCUGCACCAGGCGGCUGGUGGUGCAGCAGGCAGGCAAGGCAGACGCCGGGGAGUACAGCUGCGAGGCCGGGGGCCAGAAGGUGUCCUUCCGCCUGGACGUCACAGAGCCCCCGGUGGUGUUUGCCAAGGAGCAGCCGGCACGCAGUGAAGUGCAGGCCGUGGCGGGGGCGAGUGCCACGCUGAGCUGCGAGGUGGCCCAGGCCCAGACGGAGGUGACAUGGUACAAGGACGGCAAGAAGCUGAGUUCGGGCUCGAAAGUGCGUGUGGAGGCCACGGGCCGCGGGCGGCGGCUGGUGGUGCAGCAGGCGGGCAAGGCGGACGCCGGGGAGUACAGCUGUGAGGCCGGGGGCCAGAAGGUGUCCUUCCGCCUGGACGUCACAGAGCCCUCGGUGGUGUUCGCCAAGGAGCAGCCGGCACGCAGUGAAGUGCAGGCCGUGGCGGGAACCAGUGCCACGCUGAGCUGCGAGGUGGCCCAGGCCCAGACGGAGGUGACGUGGUACAAGGACGGCAAGAAGCUGAGUUCGAGCUCGAAAGUGCACUUGGAGGCCAAGGGCUGCACCCGGAAGCUGGUGGUGCAGCAGGCGGGCAAGGCGGACGCCGGGGAGUACAGCUGCGAGGCCGGGGGCCAGAAGGUCUCCUUCCACCUGGACGUCACAGAGCCCUCGGUGGUGUUUGCCAAGGAGCAGCCAGCACGCAGUGAAGUGCAGGCUGUGGCGGGAACCAGUGCCACACUGAGCUGCGAGGUGGCCCAGGCCCAGACAGAGGUGACGUGGUACAAGGACGGCAAGAAGCUGAGUUCGAGCUCGAAAGUGCGUGUGGAAGCCAAGGGCUGCACCAGGCGGCUGGUGGUGCAACAGGCGGGCAAGGCGGACGCCGGAGAGUACAGCUGCGAGGCUGGGGGCCAGAAGGUCUCCUUCCGCCUGGACGUCACAGAGCCCCCGGUGGUGUUCGCCAAGGAGCAGCCGGCACGCAGUGAAGUGCAGGCCAUGGCGGGGGCGAGUGCCACGCUGAGCUGCGAGGUGGCCCAGGCCCAGACGGAGGUGACGUGGUACAAGGACGGCAAGAAGCUGAGUUUGAGCUCGAAAGUGCGUGUGGAGGCCACGGGCCGCGGGCGGCGGCUGGUGGUGCAGCAGGCGGGCAAGGCGGACGCCGGGGAGUACAGCUGCGAGGCCGGGGGCCAGAAGGUGUCCUUCCGCCUGGACGUCACAGAGCCCUCAGUGGUGUUCGCCAAGGAGCAGCCGGCACGCAGUGAAGUGCAGGCCGUGGCGGGGGCGAGUGCCACGCUGAGCUGCGAGGUGGCCCAGGCCCAGACGGAGGUGACGUGGUACAAGGACGGCAAGAAGCUGAGUUCGAGCUCGAAAGUGCGUGUGGAGGCCACGGGCCGCGGGCGGCGGCUGGUGGUGCAGCAGGCGGGCAAGGCGGACGCCGGGGAGUACAGCUGCGAGGGCGGGGGCCGGAAGGUGUCCUUCCGCCUGGACGUCACAGAGCCCCCGGUGGUGUUCGCCAAGGAGCAGCCAGCACGCAGUGAAGUGCAGGCCGUGGCGGGGGCGAGUGCCACGCUGAGCUGCGAGGUGGCCCAGGCCCAGACAGAGGUGACGUGGUACAAGGACGGCAAGAAGCUGAGUUCGAGCUCGAAAGUGCGUGUGGAGGCCACGGGCCGCGGGCGGCGGCUGGUGGUGCAGCAGGCGGGCAAGGCGGACGCCGGGGAGUACAGCUGCGAGGCCGGGGGCCAGAAGGUGUCCUUCCGCCUGGACGUCACAGAGCCCUCAGUGGUGUUCGCCAAGGAGCAGCCAGCACGCAGUGAAGUGCAGGCCGUGGCGGGGGCGAGUGCCACGCUGAGCUGCGAGGUGGCCCAGGCCCAGACGGAGGUGACGUGGUACAAGGACGGCAAGAAGCUGAGUUCGAGCUCGAAAGUGCGUGUGGAGGCCACGGGCCGCGGGCGGCGGCUGGUGGUGCAGCAGGCGGGCAAGGCGGACGCCGGGGAGUACAGCUGUGAGGCCGGGGGCCAGAAGGUGUCCUUCCGCCUGGACGUCACAGAACCCUCGGUGGUGUUCGCCAAGGAGCAGCCGGCACGCAGUGAAGUGCAGGCCAUGGCGGGGGCGAGUGCCACGCUGAGCUGCGAGGUGGCCCAGGCCCAGACGGAGGUGACGUGGUACAAGGACGGCAAGAAGCUGAGUUCGAGCUCGAAAGUGCGUGUGGAGGCCACGGGCCGUGGGCGGCGGCUGGUGGUGCAUCAGGCGGGCAAGGCGGACGCCGGGGAGUACAGCUGCGAGGCCGGGGGCCAGAAGGUCUCCUUCCGCCUGGACGUCACAGAGCCCCCGGUGGUGUUCGCCAAGGAGCAGCCAGCACGCAGUGAAGUGCAGGCCGUGGCGGGGGCGAGUGCCACGCUGAGCUGCGAGGUGGCCCAGGCCCAGACGGAGGUGACGUGGUACAAGGACGGCAAGAAGCUGAGUUCGAGCUCGAAAGUGCGUGUGGAGGCCACGGGCCGCGGGCGGCGGCUGGUGGUGCAGCAGGCGGGCAAGGCGGACGCCGGGGAGUACAGCUGCGAGGCCGGGGGCCGGAAGGUGUCCUUCCGCCUGGACGUCACAGAGCCCUCGGUGGUGUUCGCCAAGGAGCAGCCGGCACGCAGUGAAGUGCAGGCCGUGGCGGGGGCGAGUGCCACGCUGAGCUGCGAGGUGGCCCAGGCCCAGACGGAGGUGACGUGGUACAAGGACGGCAAGAAGCUGAGUUCGAGCUCGAAAGUGCGUGUGGAGGCCACGGGCCGCGGGCGGCGGCUGGUGGUGCAGCAGGCGGGCAGGGCGGACGCCGGGGAGUACAGCUGCGAGGCCGGGGGCCGGAAGGUGUCCUUCCGCCUGGACGUCACAGAGCCCUCAGUGGUGUUCGCCAAGGAGCAGCCGGCACGCAGUGAAGUGCAGGCCAUGGCGGGGGCAAGUGCCACGCUGAGCUGCGAGGUGGCCCAGGCCCCGACGGAGGUGACCUGGUACAAGGAUGGGAAGAAGCUGAGUUCGAGCUCGAAAGUGCGUGUGGAAGCCAAGGGCUGCACCCGGCAGCUGGUGGUGCGGCAGGCGGGCAAGGCAGACGCCGGGGAGUACAGCUGCGAGGCCGGGGGCCAGAAGGUCUCCUUCCGCCUGGACGUCACAGAGCCUAUGGUGGUGUUUGCCAAGGAGCAGCCGGCACGCAGUGAAGUGCAGGCCAAGGCGGGAGCACGCACCACGCUGAGCUGCGAGGUGGCCCAGGCCCAGACGGAGGUGACCUGGUACAAGGAUGGGAAGAGGCUGAGUUCGAGCUCGAAAGUGCUUGUAGAAGCCAAGGGCUGCACCCGGCAGCUGGUGGUGCAGCAGGCGGGCAAGGCGGACACCGGGGAGUACAGCUGCGAGGCCGGGGGCCAGAAGGUCUCCUUCCACCUGGACGUCACAGAGCCAGAGUUUGAGCCCCCCGCCCCAGAGAAACCCAGGCGCAGGGAACCGCUGGUGGUCAGGGAACACGAGGACAUCGUCCUGACAGCCACUCUGGCCACGCCGUCUGUGGCCGCGGUGACGUGGUUCAAAGAUGGUGUGGAGAUUCGCCGCAGCAAGCGGCAUGAGAUGGCCAGCCUGGGGGACACCCACACCCUGACCGUGCGUGGGGCACAGACCCUGGACAGCGCUGUCUACAGCUGCCGCGUGGGCGCAGAGGGGCAGGACUUCUCGGUGCAGGUGGAAGAGGUGGCUGCCAAGUUUUGCCGCCCCCUGGAGCCCGUGAGCGGGGAUCUGGGCGGCACGGUGACGCUGGUCUGUGAGCUGAGCCCUGCGCAGGCUGAGGUGGUGUGGCGCCGCGGAAGCACGCAACUCCGGUCCGGCAAACGCUUCCAGAUGGCGGCUGCGGGGACUCAGCGCUCGCUCACGGUGUCGGGCCUGCGGGAAGAGGAUGCAGGGGAGUACGUGUGUGAGAGCCGCGACGACCACACCAGCGCCAUGCUCACCGUUAUCGUACCCCGCGUGGUCAAGUUCACGUCUGGGCUGAGUGCGGUGGUUGCGGAGGAGGGGUGCGAGGCCACUUUCCAGUGUGUGGUGACCCCCAGCGACGUGGCGGUCACAUGGUUCCGAGAUGGUGUCCAACUACAGCCGGGAGAGAAGUUUCUCAUAUCGCAGAAGGGUGCCAGCCACAGCCUGACCAUCUUAAGCCUGGCCCUGGAGGAUGCUGGCCAGGUCACUGCGGAGGCUGAGGGCAUCCAGUCCACGGCUGCCCUCCGGGUCCGAGAGGCUCCAGUGCUGUUCAGAAAGAAGCUGGAGCCGCAGACCGUGGAGGAGCGGAGCUCAGUGACCAUGGAGGUGGAGCUGACGCGGCCGUGGCCAGAGGUCAAGUGGACACGCAAUGCCGUAGCACUCGCGUCGGGCGAGAAAGUGGAGAUCCACGCCGAGGGCGCACGUCACCGUCUGGUUCUGCACAGUGUGGGUUUCGCCGACCGCGGCUUCUACGGCUGCGAGACACCAAACGACAAGACGCAGGCCAAGCUGACUGUGGAAAUGCGCCAGAUCCGGCUCGUGCGGGGCCUGCAGGCCGUGGAGGCGCAGGAGCAGGGCACGGCCACCAUGGAAGUAGAGCUGUCCCACGCAGACGUGGAGGGCACCUGGACUCGGGACGGUCUUCGGCUCCAGCCGGGACCCAACUGCCAGCUGGCGGUGCACGGCCCCACACACACCCUCACGCUGUCACGGCUGCAGCGGCAGGACGGUGGCUUGGUGGCCUUCAGGGCGGAGGGCGUGCACACCUCUGCCCAUCUUGUGGUCACUGAGCUGCCUGUGAAGUUCAUCCGCCCUCUGCAGGACGUGGUGGCCACAGAGAAAGAAAAGGUGGCCCUGGAUUGUGAGCUCUCACGCCCCAAUGUGGAUGUGCGCUGGUUGAAGGACAAUGUGGAGCUGCGGGUAAGCAAGACCAUGGGCAUGUUGGCCCAAGGGGCCUGCAGAAGUCUCGUCAUUUACCGAUGUGAGUUUGGAGACCAGGGCGUGUAUGUGUGCGAUGCCCACGAUGCUCAGAGCUCGGCCUCCCUGAAGGUGCAAGGCCGGAAUGUGCAGAUCGUGAGGCCUCUGGAGGAUGUGGAAGUGAUGGAGAAAGAGGGCGCCACCUUCUCCUGCGCGGUCUCCCAUGAUGAGGUGCCUGCGCAGUGGUUCUGGGAGGGCAGUAAGCUCCGGCCUAGUGACAACGUGAGGAUCCGCCAGGAAGGAAGGACAUACACUCUCAUCUAUCGGAGGGUCCUGGUGGAAGAUGCAGGGGAAAUCAAGUUUGUAGCAGAAAAUGCGGAAUCACGAGCCCAGCUCCGAGUAAAAGAGCUGCCCGUGUCCAUCCUCCGCCCGCUGCGGGAUAAGAUCGCGAUGGAGAAGCACCGCGGCGUGCUCGAGUGCCAGAUGUCCAGGGCCAGUGCCCAGGUGCGGUGGUUCAAGGGUAGCGUGGAGCUGCACCCUGGGGCCAAGUACGAGAUGGUCAGCGACGGCCUCUACCGCAAGCUGGUCAUCAACGCCGUCCAGCCCGAGGACGAGGACACCUACACGUGUGAUGCCGGCGACGUGAAGACCAGUGCACAGUUCUUCGUAGAAGAGCAGUCCAUCGUGGUUGUGCGGGGCCUGCAGGAUGUGACGGUGAUGGAGCCGGCCCCCGCCUGGUUCGAGUGUGAGACCUCCAUCCCCUCGGUGCGGCCCGCCAAGUGGCUCCUGGGAAAGACGGUGCUGCAGGCGGGGGCUGACGUGGGGAUAGAGCAGGAGGGCACGGUGCAUCGGCUGACGCUGCGGCACACCUACUCCACCAUGACGGGGCCAGUGCACUUCACCAUCGGCAAAUCACGCUCCACCGCCUCCCUGGUGGUCUCUGACAUUCCCGUGGUGCUCACACGGCCUCUGGAGCCCAAGGUGGGGCGGGAGCUGCAGUCCGUCGUCCUGUCCUGUGACUUCAAGCCUCCCCCCAAGGCUGUGCAGUGGUACAAGGAGGAGACGCCCCUGGCGCCAUCCAGCAAGUUCAAGAUGAGGCUCGAGGGCCACAUGGCAGAGCUGCGUAUCCUGCGGCUCACCCCUGACGAUGCUGGUGUCUACCGGUGCCAGGCCGGCAGCGCCCAGAGCAGCACGGAGGUCACUGUUGAAGAACGGAAGGUGACAGUGACGCAGCCGCUGGAGGACGUGGAGGUCCUGGAGGAGGGCCGUGCCCGCUUCUCCUGCGAGCUGUCCCACGAGGACGAAGAAGUGGACUGGCUGCUCAACGGGACACCGCUGUACAACGACAGCUUCCACGAGAUCACCCACGAGGGCCGCCGCCACACACUGGUGCUGAAGCGGGUCCGGCAGGCUGACGGGGGCACCGUGCGCAUCUCCUCCCCCAAGGUUACGGCCUCUGCCCACCUGGUGGUCAAAGGGAAGCCGGUGGUGUUCCUGAAGGCGCUGGACGAUGUGUCUGUGGAAGAGCGGGGCACACUGGCCUUGCAGUGUGAGGUCUCUGACCACCAAGCCCGCGUGGUGUGGCGGAAAGACGGGGUGGAGUUGGGCCCCAGUGACAAGUACGACUUCUCGCACUCGGCGGGCCUGCGAGGCCUCGUGGUGCGCAGCCUGACUCGGGAUGAUGCUGGCCUGUACACCUGCGACGUGGGCACUGAUGAGACCCGUGCCCAUGUCAGCGUGCAUGAGCUGCACGUGGGCAUCACCAAGAGGCUGAAGACAGUGGAGGUGCUGGAGGGCGAGAGCUGCAGCUUCGAGUGCAUCCUGUCCCAUGAGAACACUGGCGAUGUGGCUGAGUGGACAGUGAGCGGGAAAACAGUGGGCAGCUCUGGCCGCUUCUGUGCCACGCGCCAGGGCCGCAAGUACACUCUAGCUAUCCGAGAUGCCGUACCAAGUGACGCUGGGGAGGUGGUCUUCUCUGUGCGGGGCCUCACCUCCAAGGCCUCACUCAUCGUCAAAGAGAGGUCAGCUGACAUUAUGAAGCCACUGGAAGACCAGCAGGCCAUGCUGGGUGAGGAUGUGGUGCUGAGGUGUGAGCUGUCGCGGGAGGGGACCCCAGUGCGCUGGCUGAAGGACGGGAAGGCCAUCCGCAAGAGUCAGAAGUAUGACCUGCUCACUGAAGGCACUCGGGCCUCGCUGGUCAUCCAUGCAGCCUCACUCAAAGACUCGGGCAAAUACACGUGUGAGACGGAGUCUUCCAAAAGCACAGCCAGUCUCCGAGUGGAAGAAAAGGCAAACCGGUUCACGGAGCCGUUGGCUGACCUGCACGUGGAGGAGAAGGGCACAGCCACGUUCACCUGCAAGACGGAGCGGCCCGCGGUCUCAGUGGUCUGGCGCAAGGGCCUCACAGAGCUGCAGGCCUCUGGGAAGCAUGCGCCCAGCCAGGAGGGCCUGACCUUGCGGCUCACCAUCAGCGCCCUGGAGAAGGCAGACAGUGACACCUACACCUGCGACAUUGGCCAGGCCCAGUCCCAGGCUCGGCUCCUGGUGAAAGGCCAGAAAGUGCUCAUCACAGAGGACUUGGAGGACGCGGAGGUGCAGGAGGGCUCCUCGGCCACCUUCUGCUGCCGUAUCUCCCCUGCCGACUACAAGCCUGUCCACUGGUUCUUGGACAAAACGCCCCUGUCUGCCAAUGAACUCAAUGAGAUCGAGGCCCAGCCCGGCGGCUACCACGUGCUGACCCUGCGGCAACUGGCGCUCAAGGACUCAGGCACCGUCCAUUUUGAGGCAGGUGACCAGCGAACCUCAGCUGCCUUGCAGGUCACAGAGAAGCCAAGUGUCUUCUCCCAGGGGCUCACGGAUGCCACAGUCACGGAAGGGGAGGAUCUGACCCUGGUCUGUGAGACUUCCGCCUCCGACAGCCCUGUGUGCUGGACCAAGGAUGGGAAGCCCCUGCGGCCAUCAGCCCGGUGCCGGCUGACCUAUGAGGGCCGCCGGGCCCAGCUGGUCAUCACUGAGGCCACCCUGCAGGACAGCGGGCGCUACAAGUGUGAGGCUGCGGGCGCCUGGAGCAGUUCCAUUGUCAGGGUCCAUGCUCGGCCAGUGCAGUUCCGAGAGGGCCUGAAGGACGUGGAGGUGCUGGAGGGGGGCGCUGCCACGCUGCGCUGCGUGCUGUCAUCCGUGGUCAGGCCCGUGGAGUGGCGGCGUGGGGAUGAGCUUCUGCAGCCUGGAGGCAAGUACAGCUUGCGCCAGGACGGGACCGUGCUGGAGCUGGUGGUCCGAGACCUGCGGCCUCAGGACAGUGGGCAGUACUUCUGCAGUUUCGGGGACCAGGAGACGUCGGCCAGGCUCACCGUAAAGGCUCUGCCUGCUGAGUUCAUAGGAAGACUGAGAAGCAAGGAGGUCACGGAAGGGACCACGGUCGCAUUCCGCUGUGAGCUCAGCAAGGAAGCCCCCGUGGAGUGGAAGAAGGGGCCCGAGACCCUCAGAGCUGGGGACAGAGUGAGCCUGAGGCAGGACGGGGCCGUGCGUGAGCUGGAGAUCCGUGAGCUGACCGCGGAGGAUGCUGGGGAAUAUUCAUGUGUGUGCGGGCAGGAGAAGACCUCAGCCACGCUCACCGUCAGGGCUUUGCCUGCUGAGUUCACAAGAAGACUGAGAAGCAAGGAGGCCAUAGAAGGGACCACGGUCACUCUGCACUGUGAGCUGAGCAAGGCGGCCCCCGUGGAGUGGAGGAAGGGGCCCGAGACCCUCAGAGCUGGGGACAGAGUGAGCCUGAGGCAGGAGGGAGCCGUGUGUAAGCUGGAGAUCCGUGAGCUGACCGUGGACGAUGCUGGGGAGUAUCUGUGUGUGUGUGGGCAGGAGAGGACCUCAGCCAUGCUCACCGUCAGGGCCCUGCCUGCCAAGUUCAUGAAGGGUCUGAAGAAGGAAGAGGCCAUGGAAGGGGCCACAGCCAAGCUGCGCUGUGAGCUGAGCAAGGCAGCCCCCGUAGAGUGGAGGAAAGGGCCUGAGACCCUCAGAGCCGGGGACAGAGUGAGCCUGAGGCAGGAGGGAGCCGUGUGUGAGCUGGAGAUCCGUGAGCUGACCGUGGAGGAUGCUGGGGAGUACUCGUGCGUGUGUGGGCAGGAGAAGACCUCAGCCACGCUCGCCGUCAGGGCCCUGCCUGCCAAGUUCACGAAAGGCCUGAAGAAGGAAGAGGCCGUGGAAGGGGCCACAGCCAAGCUGCGCUGUGAGCUGAGCAAGGCGGCCCCCGUGGAGUGGAGGAAGGGGCCUGAGACCCUCAGAGCCGGGCACAGAGUGAGCCUGAGGCAGGACGGGGCUGUGUGUGAGCUGGAGAUCCAUGAGCUGACUGUGGAGGAUGCCGGGGAGUACUCGUGCGUGUGUGGGCAGGAGAGGACCUCAGCCACACUUGCCGUCAGGGCCCUGCCUGCCAAGUUCACAAAAGGCCUGAAGAAGGAAGAGGCCGUGGAAGGGGCCACAGCCAAGCUGCGCUGUGAGCUGAGCAAGGCGGCCCCCGUGGAGUGGAGGAAGGGGCCCGACACCCUCAGAGCCGGGGACAGAGUGAGCCUGAGGCAGGAUGGGGCCGUGUGUGAGCUGGAGAUCCGUGAGCUGACCGUGGAGGAUGCUGGGGAGUACUCGUGCGUGUGCGGGCAGGAGAGGACCUCAGCCACGCUCGCCGUCAGGGCCCUGCCCGCCAAGUUCACAAAGGGCCUGAGGAAGGAGGAGGCCACAGAAGGGACCACGGUCACGCUGUGCUGUGAGCUGAGCAAGGCGGCCCCCGUGGAGUGGAGGAAGGGGCCCGAGACCCUCAGAGCCGGGGGCAGAGUGAGCCUGAGGCAAGAGGGAGCCGUGUGUGAGCUGGAGAUCCGUGAGCUGACCGCAGAGGAUGCUGGGGAGUACUCCUGCAUGUGCGGGCAGGAGAGGACCUCAGCCACGCUCGCCGUCAGGGCCCUGCCUGCCAAGUUCACAAAAGGUCUGAAGAAGGAAGAGGCCAUGGAAGGGGCCACAGCCAAGCUGCGCUGUGAGCUGAGCAAGGCGGCCCCCGUGGAGUGGAGGAAGGGGCCUGAGACCCUCAGAGCUGGGGACAGGCUGCGGCUGAAUCAGGAGGGAGCCGUGUGUGAGCUGGAGAUCCGUGAGCUGACCGCAGAGGAUGCUGGGGAGUAUUCUUGCGUGUGCGGGCAGGAGAGGACCUCAGCCACGCUCGCCGUCAGGGCCCUGCCUGCCAAGUUCAUGAAGGGUCUAAGGAAGGAGGAAGCCAUGGAAGGGGCCACAGCCAAGCUGCGCUGUGAGCUGAGCAAGGCGGCCCCCGUGGAGUGGAGGAAAGGGCCUGAGACCCUCAGAGCCGGGGACAGAGUGAGCCUGAGGCAGGAGGGAGCCGUGUGUGAGCUGGAGAUCCGUGAGCUGACCGCGGAGGAUGCUGGGGAGUACUUGUGUGUGUGUGGGCAGGAGAAGACCUCAGCCAUGCUCGCCGUCAGGGCCCUGCCUGCCAAGUUCACAAAAGGUUUGCAGAAGGAAGAGGCUGUGGAAGGGGCCACAGCCAAGCUGCGCUGUGAGCUGAGCAAGGCGGCCCCCAUGGAGUGGAGGAAGGGGCCUGAGACCCUCAGAGCCGGGGACAGAGUGAGCCUGAGACAGGACGGGGCCGUGUGUGAGCUGGAGAUCCGUGAGCUGACCGCGGAGGACGCCGGGGAGUACUCAUGCGUGUGCGGGCAGGAGAGGACCUCAGCCACACUCACCGUCAGGGCCAUGCCUGCUCGGUUCAUCAAAGAAUUGAAGACCAAGGAGGCUACAGAAGGAGCCAUAGCCACGCUGCGCUGUGAGCUGAGCAAGGCGGCCCCCGUGGAGUGGAGGAAGGGGCCCAAGACCCUCAGAGCCGGAGACAGAGUGAGCCUGAGGCAGGAGGGAGCCGUGUGUGAGCUGGAGAUCCGUGGCCUGACCGUGGAGGAUGCUGGGGAGUACUCGUGCGUGUGCGGGCAGGAGAAGACCUCAGCCGCGCUCGCCGUCAGGGCCCUGCCUGCAAAGUUUGCAAAAGGUUUGGGAAAGGAAGAGGCCGUGGAAGGGGCCGCAGCUGUACUGCACUGUGAGCUGAGCAAAGCGGCCCCCGUGGAGUGGAGGAAGGGGCCCGAGACCCUCAGAGCUGGGGACAGAGUGAGCCUGAGGCAGGAGGGAGCCGUGUGUGAGCUGGAGAUCCAUGAGCUGACCGUGGAGGAUGCUGGAGAAUAUUCAUGUGUGUGCGGGCAGGAGAGGACCUCAGCCACGCUCACCGUCAGGGCCCUGCCUGCCAAGUUCACAAAAGGUCUGAGGAAGGAAGAGGCUGUGGAAGGGGCCACAGCCAAGCUGCGCUGUGAGCUGAGCAAGGCGGCCCCCGUGGAGUGGAGGAAAGGGCCUGAGACCCUCAGAGCCGGGGACAGAGUGAGCCUGAGGCAGGAGGGAACCGUGUGUGAGCUGGAGAUCCGUGAGCUGACCGCGGAGGAUGCUGGGGAGUACUCGUGCGUGUGUGGGCAGGAGAAGACCUCAGCCACGCUCGCCGUCAGGGCCCUGCCUGCCAGGUUCACAAAGGGUCUGAAGAAGGAAGAGGCCGUGGAAGGGGCCACAGCCAAGCUGCGCUGUGAGCUGAGCAAGGCGGCCCCCGUGGAGUGGAGGAAGGGGCCCAAGACCCUCAGAGCCAGGGACAGAGUGAGCCUGAGGCAGGAGGGAGCCGUGUGUGAGCUGGAGAUCCGUGAGCUGACUGUGGAGGAUGCCGGGGAGUACUCGUGUGUGUGUGGGCAGGAGAGGACCUCAGCCACACUCGCCGUCAGGGCCCUGCCUGCCAAGUUCCUGAAGGGUCUCAGGAAGGAGGAGGCCACGGAAGGGGCCACAGCCAAGCUGCGCUGUGAGCUGAGCAAGGCGGCCCCCGUGGAGUGGAGGAAGGGGCCCGAGACCCUCAGAGCCGGGGACAGAGUGCGGGUGAAGCAGGACGGGGCCGUGUGUGAGCUGGAGAUCCGUGAGCUGACCGUGGAGGACGCCGGGGAGUACUCGUGCGUGUGCGGGCAGGAGAAGACCUCAGGCACGCUCACCGUCAGGGCUCUGCCUGCUGAGUUCAUAGGAAGACUGAGAAGCAAGGAGGCCACAGAAGGGACCACGGUCACUCUGCACUGUGAGCUGAGCAAGGUGGCCCCCGUGGAGUGGAGGAAGGGGCCCGAGACCCUCAGAGCCGGGGACAGAGUGAGCCUGAGGCAGGACAGGGCCGUGUGUGAGCUGGAGAUCCGUGGCCUGACCGUGGUGGAUGCUGGGGAGUAUUCGUGCGUGUGUGGGCAGGAGAAGACCUCAGCCACGCUCGCCGUCAGGGCCCUGCCUGCCAAGUUCACAAAAGAUUUGAAGAAGGAAGAGGCCGUGGAAGGGACCACGGUCACUCUGCACUGUGAGCUGAGCAAGGCGGCCCCCGUGGAGUGGAGGAAGGGGCCCGAGACCCUCAGAGCCGGGGACAGAGUGAGCCUGAGGCAGGAGGGAGCCGUGUGUGAGCUGGAGAUCCGUGAGCUGACUGCGGAGGAUGCCGGGGAGUACUCGUGUGUGUGUGGGCAGGAGAGGACCUCAGCCACACUGACAGUCACGGCCCCACAGGUGAUGUUCCGGAAGCCACUGCAGAGCCUGCAGGCUGAGGAGGGUACCUCGGCCAUCCUGCAGUGUGAGCUCUCGGAGCCUGGGGCCGCCGUCAUCUGGAGUAAGGGGGGCCUGGAGGUGCAGGCCGAUGGGCACCGGGAGCCGCGGCAGCGGGGCCACGUGGCAGAGCUGGUGCUGAGGGGCUUGCGCCGGGAGGACACGGGGGAGUACACGUGCAGCUGCGGCUCCCAGACCACCAGCGCCACCCUGUCCGUCACAGCUGCGCCCGUGAGGUUCCUUCAAGAGCUGCAGGCCCAGGAGGUAGAUGAGGGCGCGACGGCUCGCCUGCGCUGUGAGCUGAGCCGGGCGGGCAGCAGCGUGGAGUGGCGCAAGGGCUCCCUGCAGCUCUUCCCGUGUGCCAAGUACCAGAUGGUGCUAGAAGGCACAGCCGCUGAGCUGCUGGUGCACGGGGCCGAGCAGGAGGAUGCUGGCCUCUACACCUGUGACACGGGCCACGAGCAGAGCACCGCCAGCCUCUCUGUCCGGGCCCCCAGGCCUGUGUUCAAGACGGAGCUGCAGAGUGCCGAGCAGGAGGCAGGCGGUGUGGCCCGGCUUUGCUGCCAGCUGAGUGAUUCGGAGGCUGGGGCCCCCGUGCUGUGGCUCAAGGAGGGUGUGGAGCUGCACAGGAGUCCCAAGUAUGAGAUGCGGCGCCAGGGGGCCACAUGUGAGCUGCUGAUCCAUGGGCUUGAGGCCAAGGACGUGGGCGAGUACAGCUGCAUGGCGGGCAGCCAGAAGACCUUGGCCUUCCUGAAAGUCAAAGAGCCUGAGGUGACCAUCGUGCGGGGCCUGGUUGACACCGAGGUCCAGGCUGAUGGGGAAGCGGAGUUCAGCUGCGAGGUGUCACAGGCUGGCGUGGAUGCGGAGUGGCGCCUGCAGGGCCUGCCGCUGCAGAGCAACGAGGUGACCGACGUAGCGGUGCAGGGUGGCCGCACCCACAUACUGCGGCUGAAGAGCGUGACCCCGGAGGACGCUGGCACUGUCUCCUUCCACGUGGGCCGCCACACGUCCUCUGCCCAACUCACCGUCCGAGUUCCUGAGGUGACCAUCCUGGAGCCCCUGCAGGACGCUCAGCUCAGCGAGGGCCAGGACGCCCACUUCCAGUGCCGACUGUCGAGGGCGUUGGGCCAGGAGGCCCACUGGGCCCUGGGAGGCGUGCCCCUGCAGGCCAACGAGAUGAACGACAUCACGGUGGAGCAUGGCACGCUCCACUUGCUCACCCUGCACAAGGUGACCCUUGAGGACGCUGGAACCAUCAGUUUCCAAGUAGGCUCAUGUCGCUCGGAGGCCCAGCUGAAGGUCACAGAGGCAGCACCGUGCCUGGUACGUGGCUUACAGAACGUGGACGUCUUUGCGGGGGAGGUGGCCACGUUCUCCUGCGAGGUGUCCCGUGCAGGUGGGCCGGAGGCCCACUGGUGGCUGGAUGGGACCCUGCUGCAGGACGGCCCUCAGAGUGCCAUCUCCGUGCGUGAUGGGACCGUCCACUCCCUCACGCUGUCAGGCCUGGGGGUGGCUGACUCAGGCACCGUCACCUACCGAGCAGGGUCCCUGGUCUCCAGGGCCAAGUUGUUGGUCAAAGAUCCCACAGUGGAAGUGGUCAGUGCCAUGCAGGACCUGGCAGUGGAGGAGGGCGGCCCGGCCGAGCUCCUCUGCCAGUACUCACGGCCCGUGCAGGCCACGUGGAAGAUGGACGAGCAGGCGGUGUGUGCGGACGGGCACCGUGUCGUCAUAGAGCAGGACUGGACCGUGGCCAGGCUGUCUUUCAGGCCGGCCUUGCCCUGUGACAGCGGCAUCUAUUCUUGCGAGGCCGCGGGCACCCGCGUGGUGGCCCUGCUGCAAGUGCAAGCCAAGAACACGGUGGUGAAGGGCCUGGAAAACGUGGAGGCGCCCGAGGGCGGCGAGGCGCUGUUCGAGUGCGUCCUGUCCCAGCCGGAGGUGGCCGCCCACACCUGGCUGCUGGACGAUGAGCCCGUGCGCACCUCUGACAAUGCCGAGGUGGUCUAUUUCGAGAACGGCCUGCGGCACCUGCUGCUGCUCAAAAACCUGCGGCCACAGGACAGCUGCCGUGUGACCUUCCUGGCGGGGGACAUGGUGACGUCUGCCUUCCUCACCGUCAGAGGCUGGCGUCUGGAGGUCUUGGAGGCGCCCCAGGAUGUGACCGUGCGCGCCGGGGGGCAGGCCAGCUUCAGCUGCACCCUUAGCGAGACGGUGCCCGUGGGCGAGGCGACUUGGUACAUAAACGGAGCCUCCGUGCAGCCCGAUGACGCGGACUGGACCGUGGCUGCCGACGGCAGCCACCACGCCCUGCUGCUGCACCGGGCCCAGCCGCACCAUGCCGGCGAGGUCACCUUUGCUGCUCACGAUGCUGUCGCCUCUGCGAGGCUCACUGUCCUGGGCCUCCCCGACCCCCCAGAGGACGCAGAGGUGGUGGGGCGCAGCAGCAGCUCCGUGACGUUGUCUUGGGCGGCCCCCACGAGCGAUGGCGGAGGGGGUCUCCGUGGCUACCGGGUGGAGAUGAAGGCGGCAGCCACGGGAGAGUGGCAGCUGUGCCAGGAUCUGGUGCCCGGGCCCGAGUGUGUGGUGGCUGGCCUGGCCCCUGGGGAGACCUACCGCUUCCGUGUGGCCGCAGUGGGCCCGGCGGGUGCUGGGGAGCCCGUGUACCUGCCCCAGAUGGUGAAGCUCGCAGAGCCCCUGGAGCCCAGGCCUGCAGCCCCCGCCCCCGAGAGCCGGCAGGUGGUGGCCGGGGAAGACGUGUGCCUGGAGUGUGAGGUGGCUGAGGCGGGUGAGGUCGUCUGGCUGAAGGGGACGGAGCGCAUCCAGCCGAGCGGGCACUUCCAGCUGCUCCGCCAGGGCCAGCGGCAGGUGCUGCUGAUCCGGGGCUUCUCCGCAGAGGACCAGGGAGAGUACCGCUGCGCCCCUGCGCGGGACUCAGCCUCUGGGUCAGCGGCUGCUUUCCAGGUGGUGCUGAGCCCAGAAUCUGGGGAGGAGGGCCCUGCUCAGCCCAGCCUGCCCCCUGAGGCAGCCCAGGAGGGCGACCUGCACCUGCUGUGGGAGGCGCUGGCCCGGAAGCGCCGCAUGAGCCGCGAGCCCACGCUAGACUCCAUCAGCGAGCUGCCCGAGGAGGACGGCCGCCCGCAGGGCCCGCGGCAGGAGGCCGAGGAGGCCGCGCCUGACCUCUCAGAGGAGUACUCCACGGCCGACGAGCUGGCGCGCACGGGCGAGGCCGACCUCUCGCACACCAGCUCUGACGACGAGUCCCGUGCAGGCACGCCUUCGCUGGUUACCUACCUCAAGAAGGCUGGGAGGCCCAGCACCUCGCCACUGGCCAGCAAGGCUGGGGCCCCAGAAGCCCCGUCUGGGAAGCCACAGGAGAAGCCACCUGCAGUACGCCCACCACCAGGAGACCUGAGUGCUGGGGACCUGGGUGACCCGACCUUGGACCAGGCCGCAGUGAAGAUCCAGGCGGCCUUCAAGGGUUAUAAGGUCCGGAAGGAGAUGCAGCAGCAGGAGGGGCCCGUGCUCCGCUGCACGUUUGGGGACACCGUGGCACAGGUGGGAGACGUCCUGCAUCUGGAGUGUGUCGUGUCCAGCAAGACAGACGUGCGCGCCCGCUGGCUGAAGGACGGCGUGGAACUGACGGAUAGCCGGCACCACCACAUCGACCAGCUUGCGGACGGCACCUGUUCUCUGCUGGUCACUAGCCUGGGCCGGGCCGACGCUGGCCGUUACACCUGUCAGGUGAGCAACAAGUUUGGCCACGUGGCCCACAGUGCCAACGUGGUGGUCAGUGGCACGGAGAGUGAGACCGAGAGCUCCUCCGGGGGUGAGCUGGAUGACACCUUCCGCCGGGCCGCCCGGCGGCUGCACCGCCUCUUCCGCACGAAAGGCCCGGCGGAGGUCUCGGACGAGGAGAUCUUCUUCAGCGCUGACGAGGGCAAGGCAGAGCCUGAGGAGCCUGGGGACUGGCAGACGUACCGCGAAGAUGAGCACUCCAUCUGCAUCUGCUUCGAGACGCUGGCGGAGGCCCGCCGGGCAGCCAGCCGCUUCCAGGAGAUGUUUGGCGUGUUGGGCAUCCGCGUGGACAUCAGCCUGUCUGAGCUGGGACCGCGCAGGGUGGAGAUGCGCAUUGGCAAGGUGGCACCCCCCCCUUCAGCCCCGCUGGAGCCAGUGCUGACGGCAGAGGCUGCCCCGGUGUUCCUGACCGAGCUACAGAAUCAGGAGGUGCUGGAUGGGUACCCUGUGAGCUUCGACUGUGUGGUGACAGGCCAUCCUGUGCCCACUGUGCGCUGGUUCAAGGAUGGGAGGAUGCUGGAGGAGGAUGACCACUACAUGAUCAGUGAGGACCAGCAGGGCGGCCACCAGCUCAUCAUCACGGCGGUGGUGCCGGCAGACAUGGGUGUCUACCGCUGCCUGGCCGAGAACAGUGUGGGUGUGUCCUCUACAAAGGCAGAGCUCCGUGUGGACUUGACCAGUACCGACUAUGACACCGCUGCAGACGCCACGGAGACCUCAUCCUACUUCAGCGCCCAGGGCUACCUGUCCAGCCGGGAACAAGAGGGUACAGAGUCUACCUCAGAGGAGGGGCAGCUGCCCCAGGUCGUGGAGGAGCUGAAAGACCUGCAGGUGGCCCCCGGCACGCGGCUGGCCAAGUUCCAGCUCAAGGUGAAAGGCUACCCCACGCCUCGACUCUACUGGUUCAAAGAUGGGCAGCCCCUGACCGCAUCCGCGCACAUACGUAUGGCGGACAGAAAGAUGCUGCACACCCUGGAGGUUGUCUCGGUCACCAGCGAGGAUGCAGGCCAGUACUCGGCCUACAUCAGCAACGCCGUGGGUGCCGCUUACUCCUCUGCUCGGCUCCUGGUCCGAGGCCCCAAUGAACCAGAAGAGAAGCCAGCAUUAGAUGCACGCCAGCAGCUGGUCCCACCCCGGUUCCUGGAGAAAUUCACCUCCAAGAAGGUGAAAAAGGGUUCCAGCAUCACUUUCUCCGUGAAGGUGGAAGGAAGCCCACCGCCGGCUGUGCACUGGCUGCGGGAGGAAGCCGAGCAGGGUGUGCUGUGGAUCGGCCGCCACACGCCCGGCUACACAGUGGCCAGCUCCGCCCAGCAGCACAGCCUGGUCCUGCUGGAUGUGGGCCGACAGCACCAGGGCACCUACACCUGCAUUGCCUCCAACGCUGCUGGCCAGGCCCUCUGCUCUGCAGGCUUGCACGUCUCUGGCUUGCCUAAGGAGGCGGGGGCCACGGAGGAGCAGCCCGAGGUGAAGGAGGCCCUCAUCUCCACCUUCCUGCAGGGGACCCAAGCUGUUGCUGCACAGAUGUCAGAACCUGCAGCUUUCACGGACCUUGCUGGGCAGAAGAAAGAGCUCCUGGCAGCAGAGGCCCGUAGCCACCUGUCCUUGGCCGAGGUGGGCACGGAGGAGUUCCUGAAGAAGCUCACUUCGCAGAUCACAGAGAUGGUGUCGGCCAAGAUCACACAGGCGAAGCUGCAGGUGCCUGGAGUUGACAGUGACGAGGAGUCAAAGACGCCAUCCGCAUCCCCCCGGCAUGGCCGUUCACGCCCGUCUUCCAGUGUCCAGGAGUCGUCCUCAGAGUCUGAGGAUGGGGACUCCCGGGGAGAGAUCUUUGACAUCUAUGUAGUCACGGCUGACUACCUGCCCCUGGGGGCUGAGCAGGAUGCCAUCUUGCUGCGGGAGGGCCAGUACGUGGAGGUCCUGGACUCUGCCCAUCCCCUGCGCUGGCUCGUGCGCACCAAACCCACCAAAAACAGCCCCUCUCGGCAGGGCUGGGUGUCCCCGGCUUACCUGGACAAGCGGCUCAAGCUGUCUCCUGAGUGGGGGCCAGCAGAGGCCCCUGAGUUCCCUGGGGAGGCUUUGUCAGAGGACGAGUACAAGACGAGGCUGAGUGCCAUCAUCCGGGACCUGCUGAGCUCAGAGCAGUCCUUUGUGGGCGAGCUGCAGUUCCUGCAGAGCCACCACAUGCAGUACCUGGACCGCUGCCCCCACGCGCCCGCAGCCGUGACCAGCCAGAAGGCAGUCAUCUUCCGAAACGUGCAGGACAUCGGCCACUUCCACAGCAGCUUCUUACAGGAGUUGCGUAGCUGUGACACAGAUGACGACGUGGCCAUGUGCUUCAUCAAGAACCAGGCAGCCUUUGAGAAGUAUCUGGAGUUCCUGGUGGGCCGAGUGCAAGCCGAGUCGGUGAUGGUCAGCACAGCCGUGCAGGAGUUCUACAAGAAAUACACUGAGGAGGUGCUGUCAGCCGCAGACCCCUCGCAGCCACCGCCCCCACCACUGCAGCACUUCCUGGAGCAGCCGGUAGAGCGGGUCCAGCAAUACCAGGCCCUGCUGAAGGAGCUGAUCCGAAACAAGGCACGGAACGGCCAGAACUGCGCGCUGCUCGAGCAAGCCUACGCGGUGGUGUCGGCCCUGCCGCAGCGAGCGGAGAACCAGCUGCACGUGUCGCUCAUGGAGAACUACCCUGGCACUCUGGAGGCCCUUGGCGAGCCCAUCCGCCAGGGCCACUUCAUCGUGUGGGAGGGGGCGCCGGGCGCGCGGAUGCCGUGGAAAGGCCACCACCGGCACGUCUUCCUGUUCCGGAACCACCUGGUGGUCUGCAAGCCCCGGCGGGACUCCCGCACCGACACCUUCAGCUACGUCUUCCGGAACAUGAUGAAGCUGAGCAGCAUCGACCUGAACGACCAGGUGGAGGGCGACGACCGGGCCUUUGAGAUCUGGCACGAGCGGGAGGACUCCGUGCGCAAGUACCUGCUGCAGGCACGGACGGUCAUCACCAAGAACUCCUGGGUGAAGGAGAUCUGUGGCAUCCAGCAGCGCCUGGCCUUGCCCAUCUGGCGCCCCCCCGAUUUUGAAGAAGAGCUGGCUGACUGCACAGCUGAGCUGGGCGAGACAGUCAAGCUGGCCUGCCGUGUGACGGGCACACCCAAGCCCAUUGUCAGCUGGUACAAAGAUGGGAAGCCAGUGGAGGUGGACCCUCACCACAUCCUCAUUGAAGACCCCGAUGGCUCGUGUGCGCUUAUCCUGGACAACUUGACUGGCGCUGACUCUGGCCAGUACAUGUGCUUCGCAGCCAGCGCUGCCGGCAAUGCCAGCACCCUGGGCAAAAUAUUGGUGCAAGUCCCGCCUCGGUUUGUGCACAAGGUCCGGGCAGUGCCCUUUGUGGAUGGAGAAGAUGCCCAGAUCACCUGCACCAUCGAAGGGGCCCCAUAUCCUCAGAUCAGGUGGUACAAGGAUGGGGUCCUGCUGACCCCUGGGGGCAGAUACCAGACCCUGAGUGAGCCCCGCAGUGGCCUGCUGGUGCUGGAGAUCCGGGCAGCUGGCACAGAGGAUCUGGGCACCUAUGAGUGUGAGUUGGUGAACCGGCUGGGCUCCAAGCGGAGCCGUGCGGAGCUGCUCAUGCAGAGCCCCGUGCUGCAGGCCCGGGAUCAGCACCGCGCGGAGCGGCUCGCGGCCGUGGAAGAUGCUGCUGCCCCAGCCCCAGCUGCCCCAGGGCAGGAAAGCACGUCCAUCCAGAGGACACAGACAUGCCCUGAGGCUCCAGGACCUUCCACAGGGGACCACAGCAGCCCCAGCCCCAGCCCUGGGGGGCCGCAUCUGGAGCCCCCAGCUGUGGAGGCUGGGGCUGCAUCCGGCGAGCCUCCGAAGGCGCCUCAGCCUCACUCCCCCAAGGGCCUCGAGCAGACGGCUCAGGCACACGCUGAGGCCCCAGAACGCACGGUGCCCAUCCGGAUGGAGGGCACUGCCUGGCCAGGAGCAGGUGAGCUCUGGGACGUCCACAGCCAUGUGUUCACGGAGACCACACACAGGACGUACGUGUACCAGACCAGCGACACGCCUGCUGCAAGCCCCCCGUCCAUGCAGGUCACCAUCGAGGACGUGCAGGCCCAGAGCGGCGGUAUGGCGCAAUUCCAGGCUGUCAUCGAGGGCAACCCACAGCCCACAGUGAUCUGGUACAAGGAUGGGACCCAGCUGGGAGCUGACCCUAGGCUCAGCCAGCAGCAGGAAGGGACCACCUACUCCCUGGUGAUUAGGGACGUGGCCCAGCACGACGCGGGCGUCUACACCUGCCUGGCCCACAACCCUGGCGGCCAGGUGCUGUGCAAAGCAGAGCUGCUGAUCCACGGGGCUUCCCCUUCCCUGGCUACACGGGACAGUGAGCCCAGCUCUAGGAGGAAACUGCACUCCUUUUAUGAGGUCCUGGAGGAAAUUGGAAGGGGUGUGUUCGGCUUCGUGAAGAGGGUGCAGCACAAGGGCAACCAGAUGGCCUGUGCUGCCAAGUUCAUUCCGCUGCGGAGCAGGACGCGCGCCCAGGCCUAUCGGGAGCGGGACAUUCUAGCAGGCCUGAGCCACCCGCUGGUCACUGCGCUGCUGGACCAGUUUGAGACGCGGAAGACCCUGAUCCUCAUCCUGGAGCUGUGUUCGUCAGAUGAACUGCUGGAUCGCCUGUUCAAGAAGAGUGUGGUGACUGAGGCCGAGGUCAAGGUCUACAUCCAGCAGCUGGUAGAGGGGCUGCACUACCUACACAGCCAAGGCAUCCUUCACCUGGACAUAAAGCCCCCCAACAUCCUGAUGGUGCAUCCUGCUCGGGAAGACAUUAAAAUCUGUGAUUUUGGCUUUGCCCAAAAAAUCACCCCGGGAGAGCCACAGUACAGCAAGUAUGGUUCUCCUGAGUUUGUGGCCCCCGAGAUCAUCGAACAGACCCCCGUGAAUGAGGCUUCCGACAUCUGGGCCAUGGGGGUCAUCACCUACCUCAGCCUGACCUGUUCAUCCCCAUUUGCUGGAGAGAGUGACCGAGCAACGCUUCUGAAUGUCCUGGAAGGGCGGGUGUCCUGGAGUAGCCCCAUGGCUGCCCACCUCAGUGAGGAUGCCCAGGACUUUAUCAAGGCUGCUCUGCAGAAGGCCGUGGGGGCUCGGCCCAGCGCUGCCAAGUGCCUCGCCCACCCCUGGUUCCGGAAGUCUGUGCCCGCGGAGGAGGCCCACUUCAUCAACACCAAGCAGCUGAAGUUCCUCCUGGCCCGCAGUCGCUGGCAGCGCUCCCUGAUGAGCUACAAGUCCAUCCUGGUGAUGCGUUCCAUCCCAGAGCUGCUCCAGGGCCCGCCCGACAGCCCAUCCCUCGGGAUUGCCCGGCACCUGCGUGGCGAUGCCAGCGGCUCCUCCAGCAGCUCCUCCUCCUCCGACAACGAGUUGGCCCCGUUCGCCCGGGCCAAGUCGCUGCCGUCCUCCCCGGUGACCCACUCCCCGCUGCUGCACCCCCGGGGCUUCCUGAGGCCUUCGGCCAGCCUGCCUGAGGAGGCCGAGGCCUGUCCACCCGCCGCAGCCUCGGCUCUGCCUGCAUCGUUGCAGGGUGAGGAGCCAGCAGCUGCCCUGGGCUGUGUGCCCCGGCAGAGCGUCAUCCGAAGCCUGUUCUACCAGCAGGUGGGCGAAGGCCCAGAGCUAGGGGGCCUGUCCACAGGGGGCAGGCGGCACCCCGCCCGCCGGCGGCACCUUCUCAAGGGUGGCUACUUCUCGGGCAUCCUGCCGGGACUUCGAGAGCCACUGCUGGAGCACCGGGCACUGGAGGAGGCGGCUGCCAUGGAGGAGCAGGCUGCCCUGCAGGCCACAGCAGCCCCCUUGGAGACGGCCGUGCCGAUGCCCAGAGCAAGCCCCCAGGAGGCCUCUGGCUCCCGCCGCUCCCUGGACCGUGACCCACCGAACACUGCCAGUUCCUCCACCAAGGCCUGCAGCAAGGGGCAGUGUCCCGCUCCGGCUCCCCUGAGUCCUCAAGAUGCCCAAGGAGAGGGCAUGCCUGGAGGGGGUGCACGUGCCAGGGAGAAAGAGCAUCCAGAGGGGACCCCGCAGGGGCUGAGACUGCCGUCUGCCAGUAGUGAUGGGUGCUCCACUCAGCCAGAGGGGUUGUCCCAGGACCGCUGUGGAGGGCAGGCUGCCCCUUUCUCUCAGCCCCAGUGGGUCCCCACCCCCCAGGACAGUGGCCCCCCUGAGGCCUUGGCACCACAGCCUCCUGGCUCCUUCCCUUCAGGGCCCUGCACAGAGGCCCUCUUGUCAUCCCCUAGCCCUUCCUUCCCAGGAAAGCUGCAGGCCUGUCUGCCCCCUGCCCAAGCAAGCCCCCAGGUAGACUCUCAGAGCGUGCUGAAGGCCGUCCCUCUCACCAAGAGGCCUGGAUCACCCAGACCCCCAGAGCCAGCCUCCCAGAUGGGCACAGAGUCGAGCCCCUCUCUGGAUGCUGAAGGCCUGGUCCAGGAGACAGAGGACUUGUCCCAGUCUUCACCCAGCCUACAGCGGCCUCAGGAGCAGGCGACCACACGGAAGUUCUCCCUGGGGAGCCGUGGGGGCUACGCAGGGGUGGCGGGCUACGGCACCUUUGCCUUUGGAGGGGACGCCGGUGGAAUGCUGGGGCAGGGCCCCAUGUGGGCCAAGAUGACCUGGGCCGUCUCUCAGUCCUCGGAGGAGCAGGACGAGGCAGGGACCGAGAGCCCACCACCCCAGGCUAGCACAGUGCCUGCACCCGAGGGCGAUAGAACCCUCCCGAGGACCUCCCAGGAGUUGGGCUCGUGGGAAGACUUCAGUGGGGGCUCUCAGGUGUCACUCGUACAGAUCCAGGACCUGUCCAGGGACCCAGAAGCAGCAGACACCGUGUCCCUGGACAUCUCAGAGGUGGAUCCUGCCUACCUCAAUCUGUCUGAUCUGUAUGAUAUCAAGUAUCUCCCAUUUGAGUUCAUGAUCUUUAGGAAGAUCCCCAAGCCAGUGGAGCCGGAGCGUCCAUCCUCCCCUGAGUCUGAGGCUGGGGAGGAGCUGGCUGAGCUCCCAGAGGCUGCGUGGCCCUGGCCAGCCAGCCUGGAGAUCACAGAGGAGCCAGAGGACAUGGAGGCCCUGCUCGGGAAAGCUGCCGGCGGCAGGAAGCGCAAGUGGUCACCCCCUUCCGGCAGGCUCUUCCACUUCCCUGGAAGGCACUCACUGCUGGAGGAGCCCACAGAGCUGGGGCUACGCCAGAGGGUGAAGGCCUCGGUGGCUCACAUCUCCCGCCUCCUGAGAGGCAGGCCUGAAGGUCUGGAGAAGGAGAGUCCUCCCCGGAAGAAGGCAGGUCUCGCUUCCUUCCGCCUGAAGAGCAAGGACCGAGCACCAUCAUUCCUAAGGGAGCUCUCGGAUGAGACGGUGGUCCUGGGCCAGUCUGUGACUCUGGCCUGCCAGGUGGUGGCCCAGCCAGCCGCACAGGCCACCUGGAGUAAAGAUGGGGCUCUGCUUGAGAGCAGCAGCCGCCUCCUCAUCUCCUCCACGCUCAAGAACUUCCAGCUUUUGACCAUCCUGGUGGUGACUGCUGAGGACCUGGGCGUGUACACAUGCAGUGUGAGCAACGCGCUGGGGACGGCAGCCACGACGGCCGUCCUCCGGAAGGCAGAGCGCCCCUCUUCCUCACCACGGCCGGACAUCGGGGAGGUGCAUGCGGACGGGGUGCUGCUGGUCUGGAAGCCUGUGGAGUCGUACGGCCCUGUGACGUACAUUGUGCAGUGCAGCCUGGAAGGCGGCAGCUGGAGCACGCUGGCCUCGGACGUCUUUGACUGCUGCUACCUCACGGGCAAGCUUUCUCGGGGUGGGGCAUACACCUUCCGGACGGCCUGCGUCAGCAAGGCGGGCAUGGGCCCCUACAGCAGCCCCUCGGAGCAGGUCCUCCUGGGAGGGCCCAGCCGCCUGGCCUCUGAAGAGGAGAGCGGUGCAGCGGGGCCGGCCCGGCCCCUCCCCAGCAUGCAGACCUUCGCCUUCCAGACGCAGAUGAGAAGGGGCCGCUUCAGCGUGGUGCGGCAGUGCCGGGAGAAGGCCAGUGGGCGCGUGCUGGCUGCCAAGAUCGUGCCCUACCACCCUGCAGACAGGGCCGCCGUGCUGCAGGAGUACGAGGCCCUCAAGGGCCUGCGCCACCCACACCUGGCACAGCUGCAGGCUGCCUACCUCAGCCCCAGGCACCUGGUCCUCAUCUUGGAGCUGUGCUCCGGGCCUGAGCUGCUCCCCUGUCUGGCCGAGAGGGACUCCUACUCGGAAUCAGAGGUGAAGGACUAUCUGUGGCAGAUACUAAGUGCCACCCAGUACCUGCAUGCCCAGGGUAUCCUGCACCUAGACCUCAGGUCGGAGAACAUGAUUGUCACGGAGUAUAACCUGCUCAAGGUCAUCGACUUUGGAAACGCCCAGAGCUUGGCCCAGGAGAGGGUCCUGCCCUCAGAGAGAUUCAAGGACUACAUGGAGACCAUGGCUCCAGAGCUCCUGGAGGGCCAGGGCGCUGUCACGCAGACUGACAUCUGGGCCAUAGGUGUUACAGCCUUCAUCAUGUUGAGCGCUGAGUACCCGGUGAGCAGUGAGGGAAUUAGAGACACGCAGAAGGGCCUGCGCAAGGGGCUCAUCCAGCUGAGCCACUGCUAUGCCGGGCUGUCUGGGGGUGCUGUGGCCUUCCUCCGAAGCACACUGUGUGUGCACCCCUGGGUCCGGCCGUGUGCAUCCAGCUGCCUGCAGAGCCCGUGGCUGACGGAGGAGGGCCCAGCCAGCUCCCAGCCUGCGGCAGUGACCUUCCCAACCACUGGUCUGCGCGUCUUUGUGCGAGAGCGCGAAAAGAGGCGGGCACUGCUGUACAAGAAACACAACCUGGCCCAAGUGCGCUGAAGCCCUGGCCCUUCAGGGACCCGCCUCCCGGUCUUUCAGGACUCCCUGCAUAUGCACGCACACGUCAAUAAAAAGCAGCAGCGGAUGAGA